CCGGGUUUGAUAUCCUGAGGGAGCCAUAGAAAAACUUGGAGGUGGAGGCUUCAUCUUCACUAGCAGAUAACUGUAACAAAAUGGCACACUCACUUUCUUCCGUUGCAACGGGUCCCAAACUGGGGUUUUCUUACACUUGUCCAUCUUGUAUUUGGAAACCGAAGCCUAACCCCAAGGUUACUUGUUCAGCACAUAAGAGUAAUCCAUUGGCUGGUAUCGGAAUUGGGAUUGUAGCAUCUUCGGUGGUGGCCUUAACGCCCUUCAAUGCUGACGCCACCAGAAUCGAAUACUACGCCACCACGGCUGAGCCCUUGUGCGAGUACAACUACGUUAAGUCCGGCCUCGGUUACUGUGACAUUCUCGAGGGCUUCGGCGAUGAGGCCCCCCUCGGCGAGCUCAUCAAUGUUCACUAUACCGCAAGGUUCGGGGAUGAGAGAGUGUUUGAUAGCAGCUACAAACGUGGCAGACCUCUCACCAUGCGCAUUGGUGUUGGCAAGGUGAUUAAGGGGCUGGAUCAGGGAAUUUUAGGUGGGGAAGGAGUGCCUCCAAUGAGGAUAGGUGGGAAACGCAAACUCAAGAUCCCUCCAAUGUUAGCUUAUGGCCCUGAACCUGCUGGAUGCUUCUCAGGUGACUGCAACAUACCCGGCAAUGCAACUCUUCUAUAUGACAUUAAUUUUGUUGGUAUUUAUUCUGGUAAUAGAAAGUGAAGGAGGUCCAAAUUGAUCAGAUACAUAUAUGCAUACGAACUACACAUGGAUCAAAGAGUGUUGAUCAAAUUGUUUGGCAGAAUCUCCUUCGUGAUUCCAGCUACCUCAAGUUACUGUUCCUGGUUGGUGCUGUUGGACCCAACUGAUCUCGAUGCCCUUUUUUUGAGAGCAGCGAGCAAUCUUUCCUGAUGAUAUAGACUACACAAGUGGUGUAUCUCUGCACAUUACAUAUAAUUUGAGAGAGAAAAUUCAUCAA